AAACAAAUACCUUUGUUGAUGUUUCACAGCAUUUUCGUUGCAGUAAAUUAAUGGACGUCGUUAAUAAAAGUGGAAGCGAAAUUAGGCGGCGACUUCGGAAAUAAAUGUUAGACGUCAGGUGCGAGUGUUCCAAGCACCUGCCACCAAUUAAACCAUGCCAAUUACAUCGGCUGCUCGAGGCUGGCAAUGUCAAUUACCGCCCUUGUUUCGCAGAACUUUCCCAACUCUUCUGCGUGGAGAUGGAAAAGAAGUUAAGAAAAGCAACCGUGUCGUGCUUUAAUUAGAGUGGAACUCUUUUGUGACAGAAAUUAAUUAAGGACUUCUUUGAAAUAUUACAACCAAGAUGGCGAAAACAAAAUCAGGAAGUAACAAGAAAUUUGCUUCAAUGAAACGGAUGAUAAGUUUGAAAGAUGCUCGGAUAAAACAUAAUCAACAAAAACCUAAAAAAAAGAAAAUCGACAAAAGUGAUAUAAUUGUUCGAGAUGCACCACAGACCUCUUCUGCAUUAUUUUUCACUUACAACACCCAGUUGGGUCCACCCUAUCGGGUUCUGCUAGACACAAAUUUCAUACAUUUCUCAGUCAAGAACAAAGUGGACCUUUUCAAAGGUCUCAUGGAUUGUCUUUAUGCUAAAUGUAUACCAUAUGUGACAGAUUGUGUGUUUGGAGAAUUAGAAAAACUUGGCAGCAAAUUCAGAGUUGCCUUAAAAAUCCUAAAAGAUUCCCGCAUUGAACGGUUGUCAUGUCUCCACAAAGGUACCUACGCUGAUGACUGUUUGGUACAACACGUGACUCAGCACAAAUGUUAUAUUGUUGGUACAUGUGAUAAAGACUUAAAACGGCGCAUUCGCAAAAUCCCUGGAGUUCCUAUAAUGUUCUUGCGGAAAGGAGGAUAUUCAAUAGAAAGAAUGCCAGAUGCCUACGGAGCUCCACGGGUUUGAAAGACUGGGUGGUGAGUGCGAGAGAGCGGCUUUAUUAUUGUUAAUAAAUAAUGUUUAUAAACAACACCAUGUAUUCUCAU